GGUGCAUGCAACGGAAGAAAAGGAGGAGGAGAAGAAGAGGAAGAAGAAGAAGCAUCAGUUCGCUGCAGCCGCUGCUCAGACGGGAGUUGAGUUUUUUCUCUCGGCUAUGAUUGACAGAGUCAGCAGAGGUUUACACGGGCAUGUCCGCUCACUCGCUCGGUUGUUAUCGUAACAGGAAGAUUUGCGGCAUGGCGAGUCAAGAAAGAGCACAGAGCUGUCGCCACUCACACUCAACAACCAGAGCGCCAUGUGUUGGAUUACUGAGGAUGUUAUUUAUUGCUUUUAUCCACGCGACGCGGGCAAAUAAACAAGCAUUCAUUCAGUCAGACACAAUUCUAGAAGUUCUACAUUUUGGCGAGGGAAGCCUUUUACAGGCAGAAUCGGACAUUGAUUUUAGUUUAUAUCAUCAACAAAGCACGUCCCCGCACCGUGGGAAUUGCCGACCUAUACAGUUUGAACCCCCAAUGUUGGACUUUCACGAACAGCCUGUUGGGAUGCCAAAAAUGGAGAAAGUUUAUUUACAUAAUCCAAGCUCAGAGGAAAUAAGUUUGAUAUCAAUAUCAGCAACAACAGCACAUUUUCACGCAUCCUUUUUCCAGAAUAGGAUAAUUCCACCAGGAGGAAACACAUCGUUUGAUGUGGUAUUUCUCGCUCGAGUGGUUGGGAAUGUAGAAAACACUUUAUUUAUUAAUACAUCACAUCAUGGAGUGUUUACAUACCAGGUUUUUGGGGUGGGCAUUCCAAACCCCUACAGACUGAGGCCCUUCAUCGGGGCUCGAGUCCCAGUGAACAGUAGCUUUUCACCUCUAAUAAACAUCCACAACCCGUACAGCGAACCACUGCAGGUUGUUGAGAUGUACUCAAGUGGUGGGGAUCUACAUCUGGAGCUUCCCACAGGUCAACAGGGAGGCACUGGAAAAUUAUGGGAGAUUCCCCCGUUUGAGACGAAAGGCGUGAUGAGAGCGAGCUUCUCUUCUAGAGAUGCAGACAAUCACACAGCUUUCAUCAGGAUUAAAACCAACGCCCCCAAUGAAGAACAGUUCAUCAUUCUGCCUGUGGAGGUGGAGGUCACAUCAGCCCCUGGUAUAUACUCCUCCACAGAGAUGCUUGACUUUGGUACACUGCGUUCACAAGAUCGGCCAAAGCUGCUGAAUCUACACUUAUUAAAUUCAGGGACAAAAGAUGUUCCAAUAACAAGUGUUCGAACAACACCAUCAAAUGAAGCCGUCACAGUGGACUUCAAAGCAGUCACACUAAAAGCUGGAGAGAGCAGAUAUACCAAAGUUGCAAGUAUUAGUUUUGACGCCUCAAAAGCGAGAAGACCAUAUCAAUUUUCUGGUAAAAUAACUGUUAAAGCAAAAGAAAAGAGCUACUCCAAGCUUGAAAUCCCAUACCAGGCAGAAGUUUUAGAAGGCUAUCUGGGCUUUGACCACACAGCCACUUUGUUCCACAUCAGAGACAGUCCUGUAGACCCAGUGGACAAACCCAUCUUCCUGACAAAUGCCUUUAACUUUGCAGUCCAGAUACAUAAUGUGUCCCUGCCUGAAGAGGCCAAAAUUAUGUUUCGAGUAUACAACUUCAGCGCGCCCAUCGUCAUCCCCCAACGCGAGUCGCGGUACAUUUUCUCCCUCCUCUUCCGGCCGGUGCGACCAUCUAUUCACAUCGACAACAACAUUCUGCUCCUCACCAACGCAUCCAAGUUCCACCUGCCUGUUCGAGCUUACACAGGCUUCCUGGAGCCCCUGGUGUUGCCUCCCAGUCUGAAGGAGAACCUUCUGGACUUUGGCAUCCGCAGUGCAACAGACACCAGCAGCAUCACGUUUGUGGUGGUCAACAGUAACCCCAUAGAGUUGGAGAUCAAGUCCUGGCUGGUCACUGGAGACAGUCUGUCCAUGGAGCUGCUGAAGACGGAGAAAGGAAACACAACAGUGGCCCAGAGUCGCCUGAAAGAGCUGCAGAACACUUCAGCCUCCCAUCACAAAACUGUGAUAUUAGCAUCUGGCUAUUACGCAGCAUUCAGAGUGACACUUGUGGCCAAGGCACUGGAGGGAACGUACGAUGGAGCCAUACACAUGACCACGGAUUUUGAGAUAUUAACCAUCCCAGUAAAAGCUCUGAUUGCAGUGGGCACAUUAACCAGCUCUCCCAAACACAUCGUUUUACCACCCUCAUUUCCAGGGAAAAUCAUUCAUCAGAGCUUUAGCAUACAGAGCUCUUUUACACAGAAAGUGAGGCUUCAGCAGAUCCGUUCGCUGACGGAAGACAUUCGUUUUUACUACAAACGGCUGAGAAACAACAAAGACGAGCUGGAGCCCAGACGAAAAUCAAAGGUGGCAAAUAUUUAUUUUGACGCCAGCUUGCAGUGUGGUGAUCACUGUUAUGUGGGGCUGCCAUUUGUGCUUAAAUCUGAGUCCAAGCCUCAUGGGCUGGCGUUACAGGAAGAUAUAUGGGACGCUGAUGUGGAUCUUCAUCAGAAACUUCUCAGACGAUGGAAAGAGCUGAAAGAGCGUGCAGGACACAAGAUUGAAGCCGUCUUUGAAGUCAACACAGACCUUCAAAAAAAUGUGCAAGCUAAAAUAACGGCACACUUGACCUGGCCCUCACUGGUCAACUCUUCACAUCGAAUUACAUUCCCUCUGACCAACACAAACAGUUCCUCUAAUGAGGAGGUGAUUCUUCAGAAUCCCGCUGAUGUCCCCGUCUACGUCCAAGUUCUCCCCUUGGCACUGUUACCCAACCCCUCAGUGUUUUCUGGAAAAUUGGCUGACAGGUUUCCUCUAGGAAAUGUUUCCAACAUCAACAUUGACACAAACACCUUUGAGUUCCAGGUUCACAGAAAUCAAUCAUCCCUAAUGAGAACCAGCACUGGGUUCAUAGAGGGCUCAACCAGACCCUUUGUGUACAACCUCCUCCUGCUACCGGGUGAAGUGAAGUCAUUCAGUGUGCGAUUCACUCCCAUCAGCAACCACAGUGUCUCCUCCCUCCUCAUAGUCAGGAAUAAUCUGACUGUAAUCGACACAAUCAUCCUUCAUGGGCGAGGUACAACGGAGAGUCUGAAAGUUGCCGGGAAGCCGCCGGGACAAGGCAGCUCGCUCAGGUUUAAGAUGACGGAGGCGCUUCUGAAAGACUGCACAGAGAAGACAAAAGAUAGAGAGCCAAACUUCACUCUGAAAAGAACAUUCAGAGUGGAGAACACGGGCCUGCUUCCGAUCACCAUCCGAUCAGCUGAAAUCAAUGGACAAGCCUGUGAAGGAUAUGGAUUCAAAGUUCUUAACUGUCAAGAGUUUGCACUUAAACCAAAUGCUUCGAAAGACCUCAUCAUACUGUUUACACCUGACUUCACUUCAUCUCGAGUGAUCCGGGAGCUGAAGUUGAUCACAUGCGGAGGCUCCGAGUUUGUGUUUGUGCUGAACGCCUCGUUGCCCUACCACAUGUUAGCUGCCUGUGCAGAGACCUUGCCUAGACCAAGCUGGGAGCUGGAGCUCUACAUCAUAGUGUCUCUCAUUAUGAGUUCCAUGUUUCUGUUGGUGAUCGCCACAGCAUACCUGGAGGCUCAGAGCAUCUGGGAGCCUUUCAAGAGAUGCGUGUCUGUGGAAUCCAACUCCACCUUGGAGACUGGGAAACCAUUUAAUCUCAGGGACAUAGUGCAAAUUCAUAGUGAUUCAAAGUUGAACGAUUACAACGAUUCAACCCAAAGCUCCAGAGGAUUGUAUAGCAACGGAGCAGCACGCGGAGGAGGUCGACCGAGUAACAACCGCACACUGUCUGACUCGGACAGCCAAGAGAAGAGGUCCAGGAUCAGCUUUGGACGCUCACCUAUGCAAGCGGCUUCCUCCCAGCUGACCAAAGGAAGUACAACCUCAGGCCAUGAAGGUCCUCCAGCUGCCUGCCAGCUAACCAACCGCAAGGCUCGCAGCACCAAACAACUGGAUCUCCAGAGUCAAAGUUUAGCCGGGUCAUCGCUGCCUCACAGAGGCCUCUGCUCUGACGAUGCAGAAUUUGCCAAUCUGAUAGGAGCCAUGGACAAUGACUUGGACCGCCCCCCAUCACUUGGUGCCGAGGCUCUACAAGAGCAGAGCUCUCAGUCUGUGCAAAACAAGGUGUUGGAAUCCAAAGGGAAGCCGCGUGGAAAAACAAAAGCGCAGAGAAAGAAGGAAGAGAAAGAGAGAAAAUCAGCGGCAAAGACUCAGGGAGACGAGCUUAAAGACAACAUGGCUGACAACGACGAUAGCUCCUCCACCACCACAGAGACCUCUAACCCAGAUGUGGAGACAAACAUGCGGGAGGAACCAGUGACAAAGAAAGGAAGGACGACGACUUCUGUAAAAGUGAAAGAAGAUUCAGCUGUCUUAAACAAGCCGAAAACUAAGAAACAAGGAAGCACAAAGAAAGAACCCCAAGCAGAGAAAUCCAGUUCUCUGGAGCUGCCUUAUGUAACACCACUGGAAACCAAACAGCGUAAGAGCUUCACACCAAAAGCUCUGCACCCUCUCACCAUCCCAAAGAUGAAACCUCUGCAGAAACAAAGAUUAGACAGUAAGGUGGAGGAAGGGCGUCCCUCAAUGUUGGCCAAACUCCUGUCCAGUGACUCUGCCCCCGAACAGGGCCACAGCAGCAGCUCUGAAGGCGAGAAGGACUUCGCUCCUCCAGAGUGGGAUGUGCCUCUUUCGAAAAACAGCAUCCCAGAAGCAGAUAGUCUUCAGCAGCUCUCCCUCCAGACCAUAAACGCAGACCCUUUCCUGAAAAGAUCAGCCACAGCUGGGACCUGCUCACCUCCACCGACGUCCCCCAGUUUACUGUCCCGAGGCACCUACAGCAGCGUACUCAACAGUAACAGCGAGGGACACCAGAAGAAGGCCCCGGGAAACAAACUGUCUCCUGCUGCUCCACUCCCAGGCAAAAAUGGCAACCCCACGUUUGCUGCUGUUGCUGCUGGUUAUGAUAAAAGCCCUGGCGGCUCAGGUCCAGGUAAAUCAGACCACCAAGGGAAGAGUCUGGCUCACAUGACCUCAGUGGAAAGUGACAGCUCUGACAGCUCUGGAUUAUGGAGUCCCAUUGACACUGCCAGCAGUCCAAACUACCAUCCUGCCAACUCUUUCUCUGCCUUUGGGCCCAACAACUCCUUCAACCUGACAGGAGUUUUCAGUGGAAUGAAUCUCCCCAAACCGUCCGAGCCUCAGCAGAGCUGGCCUGACUUCACCACCGUGUCCUCGUCUAUCUGGGACAUACCAAGCAGCGACUCUCUGCACUCCUGGCCCAGCAGCUCCGGCUCACCCACUGCCCCGACCGCUUCACUCCUUGGAAACACCCGCAGUCCCUGGUCUACAACCACGCCCUUCGGCAGCUCCAUCUGGUCGACGAGCGCGGAUUCAGCCUUGCACCCUUUUGUUCCAACGACGACCACAACAACUCUGACUGACCUGGUUAACAGCUCUGCCUCGCCGGCACCAGCUCCCACAGAGAUGAGUCGGACCUACAACCCGUGGAGCAUGUGGCGCCCCACGCUGAGCAGACGUAGCUCAGAACCGUGGCCCAGUUCCUCUGAAAACGGCAAUUAGACGGCACUUAACAAGAAGCAUGUCAUAGGUUUGAUGUACUCUGUACGCCAAAUCAAAACCUUUUUAUUUAAAACCGAGAACGCCAACAGAAAAAGCAAUGUUACUUGAAAUGUGUGGUAGCCCAGUGUUGUAGGUGACCAACACAGCAAUUUAGUUCUCAGCUGUUUGUUUUUUUAUUUCAUGUUGCAGAAAAGCCAUUUUAUUCUUGGUUUUGUUUUAACAGGAAGUCCCUAAGUUAAACCUGUUGAUGGUCAUGCUAAUGCCAGGGCAAACAUUUUGUUCAUAUAGAAAUGCAGAAUCUCUAAAGAUCAGUAUUAAGUUGAAACAGACAUCUUGUUUUAAGCCGCGUCCUCUUUAUCAGAGUCAAUAUUGGUUUCUAUAAAAACCUGGUUUGAAUAGUAAAAAUUUGGAUUUAAUCUGCGUUUAAAUCAGCGUACCAGGCUUUUUGUUUGGCAGCAGAGAUCUGUCGUAAUCUGACGUGUGAUUCUUAAGAAAUGCAGCAGCCCAGAAAGCUUUCGUCGACAUUCAUGUUCCUCAUUUUAAAGUUGGCUCUGCCCCAAAACUGACAAAGCCUUCUGUAAGAGUCAUUUAAGGUUUGUAUGGUACAUCACUUUAAAUAAAGGAUUUCAGCAAAA